AUGUCUUCCAUUCCUUCCAAGGCAUCAUUGAACCAGAAGAAGCCCAAUGGAUUGCGCGCAACGCUCAGGCGCAUGUUCUCAAGCAAGAAACACAGAUCCGUACCCACUGAUACAAGUGGCUUUCACUACAAUGAUACGGGACAUCUCAAACCAGUCACAGAGCAGCCGAUUCGGACACGACUGGAAUCGGCUCCCCAAUUGGGAUCAGACACAAACUUGCGAGGAGCCGCGCUAACUUCACAUUCCAAUCCAUAUCCUCAGGUUGAAGCUGUUCACCAGAGCUUACCCCCUCCUCCGCGGCGCGGGCGUCGCAACACUCUACCCAGUCUCGUCUUCAGCGACAUACAGUCAAUUCUCGUGCCUGCGGUUGUUGACUGGCCAGAACCGCAACCGUCCUCAGUGGAACAGAGGUCAAAGGAAGAUGGUGUCUCGGAUCGUCAGUUCAAGCGGCGAUCGAGGAGCGCAGACGCCCUCAGCGAACUUGUUCACCAAGGCAGCGAUAAACGCCCUUCCACUCGUGACCGAGCAGGUGAAAUUGCUUACUGGCGCAAUAGCGCCAUCCAAAACCCUGUUCCUGUGUACAGUGGCCAAUCGAUCUCGGUAGAUCCCACACACGUCUUGGGAUCAGACAACCCGAUGGCGGAAUCGGAGCGUGGUCGUUCCACCGUCGAGCCUAUGCAGACUUUUGACUUUGGCCUUGGAAGUCCAGAGCGGGAUGAGAUCGGACUGGAGCAGAGAGUCAACACUCUAGAGAUCAAGCUCUACGACUUUGAAUUUGCGUUGGCCAAGCUCCAAGGCAACGACUUGCCAAAUCCGAGGUUAAACCAGAAACCAUUCGGUCAAGGCACGAUGCCGGACACGUUCUUUCACAAUACGACGAACUUGACCUUGACAAGCGGAUCGUCGAAUGAUUUGAGCUAUCUUUCUUCUGGCGAAGCUCGGGAUUUUACAUUCUUGUCUUCUCCUGGCGAGUCACCGGCCCCUUCUCCAGAAGUCGAUGAUGUGUUCAAUCCUCAAAGAGCGAGCAGAGCCACAACUGCCACGAUCAGACCCGCGACCGCGAGACGGAGGUCGCCCAGACGUUCAAGAGGGAAUUCGCCGUCGUCGAUUCAUAUUCCUCCUGAAAAGUUUGAGGCUUUGCUGGAAAUGAUGAAAGAGGAAAAGGCGGCUCGACAAAAACUGGAAGAGCAGGUAUCCGAACUCCAGAAGGAAAUGGACAGCAUGAGGACUCCGGUCUACGCGACGAUCAGAGAACCAUACCCAACACCUAGUCCCGACUCAAAGCAGAACUUGUCUGGCACGCCAACUCGAAUGAAAACACUGCAUCGAACCCAUCCAUUUCAAUUAGACCAUUUGCCCAAGGAAAUAUCUCGUUUUAGUGGGACAGAAGAUUCAGAUGCGGAAGAAGGAUUCGAGGACGUCUACGAAACCCCUCGGGAGCAACAACGUGAUACAUUUGAGACGGCAAGGGAUUCACAGCAAGUGGCAGUUAUAUGA